AUGCCCAUGUUCACGGUCAUCCUCGGCGACGCGACGGACGCGAUGGGCGGCGAGGAGGACGGGAGCUACGCGCGCGAGAUGCGCGAGCCGCUCAAGAUGAUGGGCUUCCUCAUGGUCUUCAUCUUCAUCACGGCGACGACGCACUCGGGCCUCCUCGAGUGGAGCAGCCAGCGCCAGGGCGCGCGGCUCCGGCGCGCGUACCUCGAGGCCGCGCUCACGCGGGACCAGGCGUGGUUCGACGUCCACGACGCCGCGGCGCUGCCGACGCGCAUGGCCGUGGAGUGCGCCAAGGUCGUCGACGCCAUCGGGCCCAAGUUCGGGCUCGUCGUCGUCCCCCUGGGCCAGUUCGUCUCGGGCAUGGUCGUCGGCCUGGUCAAGGGCUGGCAGCUGAGCCUCGUGAUCAUCUGCUUCCUGCCCGUCAUGGCGCUGUCGGCGCUGCUCAUCGCCAAGGGCGCCCGGCUCGAGGCGGAGCAGUCCUGGUACGCGCGCGCGGGCGCCGUCGCCGAGGAGGUGCUCUUCAGCAUGCGCACCGUCGCCGCGUUCGGCGCGGAGCGGCGCGAGCGCGCGCGCUACGAGGCGCUGCUCGACGGCGCGGCGCGCGGCGGCACGGUCGGCGGCCUCUACGCGGCCUCGGGCUUCGCCUGGCUGUUCUCGGCCUUUGGCCUCUCCUACGCGGCGGCCUUCUGGUUCUCCGGCCGCUACUUGUUCCGCCAGGGCGACGCGGCGGUCUUCGACGGCGGCGGCGACGUCAUCGAGGUCUUCUUCGCGGCGAUCAUCGGCGUGUCCUCCGUCUCCGACGCGGCCAUGCCUCUGAACGUCAUCGUCGGCGGCCUCGCCGCGGGCGCGAACCUCUUCGGCGUGCUCGAGGCGUCGAGCGCCAUCGAGCCGGGGCCGACGGGCGGCGGCGCCGAGGAAGCGCCGCUCGCGGUCGACGAAUUGCGCUUCGACGGCGUCCGCUUCGCCUACCCGUCGCGCCGCGACGUCGAGGUCCUCGCCGGCGUGUCCUGCGCCAUCAAGCGGGGCCAGAAGGUCGCGUUCGUCGGCGAGAGCGGCUCCGGCAAGUCGACGGUCGUGCAGCUCCUGCUGCGCUUCUACGACCCGUCGGGCGGCGCGAUCCUCGUCGACGGCGCGGAUCUGCGGACGCUGGGCGUCGCGCGCUGGCGGAGGACCUUGGGCUACGUCGGCCAGGAGCCCGUGCUCUUCCAGGGGUCCAUCCUCGAGAACAUCCGCGUCUCCGACAAGGCCGCGUCGACGGAGCGGUGCCGCGCGGCCGCGAAGAUGGCCGAGGCGUUGGAGUUCGUCGACGGCCUGCCCGAGGGCUUCGACACGGCCGUGGGCCAGGGCGGCGGCGCCCUGAGCGGCGGCCAGAAGCAGCGCGUCGCCAUCGCGCGCGCGCUCCUCACGACGCCGAGCCUCCUGCUCCUCGACGAGGCGACGUCCGCGCUCGACAACGCGAGCGAGAAGCUCGUCCAGUCGACGCUGGACCACCUCCAGGAGCGCGGCGGCAUGACGACGCUCUCCGUGUCCCACCGCCUGUCGACGGUGCGCAACGCGGACGCCAUCUUCGUGGUUUCCGGCGGCGUCGUCGCCGAGGCGGGCACGCACGCGGAGCUCGUGAAACGGGAGGGCAUCUACCACAAGCUCACGGCGGCCCAGGACGCCGUCCACGAGCCCGACGCCCCCGGCAGCAGCCCGGAACCGGAGGCCCUCGAGCGCCUCGAGUCCGCGCCGCGGUCCGCGAGCGACGCCGCGUCCGAAAAGGUCCGCGCCGAGUCGUCCGCGUCCGCCGCGCCGAUGAACGACGACGACCGCGAGGCCGCCAAGCUCAAGGAGCUCGCCGAGCUCAAGUACGAGGCGCCCAUGUCGCGCAUCUUCGGCGAGUUCGCGUCGAAGAAGGUGAAGCUCCUGUUCCCGCUCGCGCUUCUGGCGUGCUGCGUCGACGGCAUCGCGAUGCCGCUCCAGGGCUACGUGCUGAGCGAGGCCAUGACCGACUUCUACCUCCCCUACAAGUGCCCCCCGCGCUGCGCGACGGACGACGCGAACGCGACGGACUACUGCUGGGAGCAGACGGAGUGCGACAAGUACCGGCCGAGGGACACGAACUCGCCGCUGCGGCGCGAGGCGAACCGGAACGCGCUGGCCUUCGUCGCCAUCGCCGUGCUCCAGUUCGUCGGCGUCUUCUCGAAGAUGGGCAUUUAUCGCUACAUCCAGGAGCAGAUGACGGCCGUCGCGCGGGGCCGGUACCUCGCGGCGCUCGUGAAGAUGGAGAUCGGCUUCUUCGACGCGCCGGACCACAGCUCGGGCGCGCUGACGGCGGCCCUCUCGAAGCAGACGCAGCUCGUCGCGGGCGUGACGGGCCUGGGCCUCGGCGGCGCGGUGUCGUCGGCGUGCGCGAUUUUGUUCGGGCUCGCGCUCGCGCUGCGCGCGUGCUGGCGCCUGAGCCUGGCGAUGCUCGCGAUGAUCCCCGUCAUCAUGAUGUCCAUGGCCUUUGUCUUCAAGCUCAUCAUGGGCGACGGUGGCGAGUCCGGCGGCGCGCACUCGGGCGCGUCCGCCGUCGCGUCCGAGGCGGUCUUACACGUGAGGACGGUCCGCGCGGCGCGCGCGGAGGCCGACGUGCUCGCGCGGUUCGCGAAAAUCACGGACGCCGUGGCCGCGGAGAAGGUGGGCGCCGCCUGGAAGGGCGGCGUCGCCUACGGCCUGGGCAUGGCCAUCAUCUUCACGCUUUAUUUGGUCGUCUUCGCGUUCGGCCCCGUCUGCGUCGACGAGGGCUGGUGCUCGCCCACGGACAUGUGGAAGGCCCUGUUCUGCAUCAUGUUCGGCGCCUUCGGGGCCGGGUCGUCGGCGAUCUUCGCCCAGGACGCGAACAAGGCGAAGAUCGCCGCGUUCGACGUUUUCGCGGUCCUCGACCGCGACUCCGCCGUCGACGCGACGGCCGACUCCGGCGGCGCCAGGGAGCUCGCGGGCCUGGACCUGGUCUUCGACGCCGUGUCCUUCGCCUACCCGGCGCGCCGCGAGGCCCUGGUCUUGGACGGGCUGUGCCUGCGCGUGCCGGCGUCGUCGACGUGCGCGUUCGUGGGGCCGUCGGGCUCGGGCAAGUCGACGAUCAUCCAGCUCGUCCAGCGCUUCUACGAGCCGUCGGCGGGGGCCGUGACCCUCGGCGGCGCGGCGCUGGCCAGCUACGACGUCGCGUACCUGCGGUCCAUCCUCGGCUUCGUCGGCCAGGAGCCCGUGCUCUUCGACGCGAGCCUCGCGGACAACGUGCGCUACGGCGCGCCGGACGCGACGGACGGCGCGCUCGCCGAGGUCGCGGCGCUGGCGAAGCUCGACUUCCUGCUCGACGGGCGCGUCGCGUGGACCGACGGCCUCGGGCCCCGCGGCGGCCGGCUCUCGGGCGGCCAGAAGCAGCGCGUCGCCAUCGCGCGCGCGCUCGUCCGCGACCCGAAGCUCCUGCUCCUCGACGAGGCGACGUCGGCGCUCGACUCGCGGUCCGAGAAGCUCGUCCAGGAGGCGCUCGAGCAGGCGCGCGCGGGCCGCACGACGCUCGUCGUCGCGCACCGCCUCUCGACGAUCGAGGACUCGGACCAGAUCGUCGUCAUGGUCGGCGGCACCUGCGCCGAGAGCGGCACGCACGCGUCCCUCCUCGAGAAGCGCGGCGUCUACCACACGCUCCAGAACCGCGCGCGCGCCUGA